AUGCUAGCAACAAAUGACAACAGCAGCCAGUACCCGCUGUCGUGGGCUUCAGCUGGUACUGAAGCAACUGCAAUCAACGUUGACGAAGGCUGUCAUGAUAUCAACUAUGUUCAUAACAAUAGUUCAAACAACACAUACCUGCAGAUGGUACCACAGGAUGGACUCAACGAGGCAUCGAACUUGCUUCGAGCCUCACAAGCCCAGGAUGUGCUUAGAUUUCCCAUCGCUAUCCAACGGAUGAUAUCUGAGAUGGAGCAGGAAUACUGCCCCAUCUUUGAUGAAUACCAGGGAUACGAAUCCAGUGAUAUAGUUCCAGUGAGCUUUGACACGAACCGUGGAGCCUUCAUUGCAGUGGGCCCGACCCAUAUAAUUCCGCCGUCGGAUUCCGAGAGAGUUACCAGAGGAUGUCCAUCGACUAGAGGCGAGAGUAGCGUCGUCAGCGGCCCGGGAAGCGGCAGUGGCGGCGGCUCUGGGCUUUGGAACAGAGGCGAACUCUAUUUUGAUCACAUCGGUGCCCAGUACGAGUAUGCCGGAUACGACUAUGACGAUGCGGAUGAAGCUUGA